CGGCGGCUAUAAAAAGCAAGUAAGAAAGCGUACUCGACACAAACGACAUAUGUCUGGUCCGAGACGCAACUCCAUCUACACUUUGGGGAUUAAACUGAAGCAAUAACGGGCGCCACUGUGGUGGUCAGAAAUGGGAGAGGGUUUGGAGCCUCCUGGAGGAUGGUAGCCAACAGCGCUGUAGAAAGCAAGCAUCACUCGUCAGGCGCCUCGAGCUCAGAAUCUUCCGAGUCGGCGCAGCUUCAGCACCGGGUCGUUCCGAAACCCAAGCAGAGGUUUGCGUCCACGCCAUGCAAGUACCUAACCCACUUCCCCACGUUCAACUGCAAAGAGGACUGCAGGAUCAUUACGGACACAGCAGCCCAACUCGAGCUGAGCGGCUUCUAUUGGGGCCCUCUGGGAGUGGAGGAGGCCCACCGCAUGCUGAAAGAUUCCCCGCCGGGCAGCUAUCUCAUCCGGGACAGCCGGCAGAAGGAUGUUUUUUUCACGCUGUCCUAUCACGCCAAGAGCGGGCCGGUCAGCGUGCGCAUCGACUACAAGCGGCAAAAAUUCUCACUCGCCGGCAACGAGCGCACGUUCCCCAGUCUCUUUGCCCUCUUGGAGCAUUACACCUACACCCCCAAAAGGAGCCUGAGGGUCCCGUACAGGAAAUGGGAGCCCACGCUGCAGGAGCUGUGCAGGAGGCGCAUCAUGGAGCUCUGCGGCGGAGGGAGGCAGAUUUCAGAGCUGCCCCUCACCAAUGUCGCCCAAGGAUUCCUGUUGGAAUUCCCUUACAAGUUAUGACAUUAUUAUUAUUAUUAUGCGUCAGUUUGACGUUAACACUCUCACCUGGAGGCUGCCACCCGGAGGACAUGCAUGGCACUGCAUCGUCCUCCAUUCACUCCACUUUGAUGCGCACAAACGGUGUUCCGUUCAGGACACAUAAAGACAUGAACUCCAGAGGGGAUGAUGUGGAAAAAGAGGACUUGAAGCACAGAGAACAUGGACGGACCAUAACAAUAAACAAAACAAAAUUGUGCACUUUCCUUAGUACCUCUCGGAAUACAGCGGCGUGGUGGAGGGUGCGCUUGAAAGCAGGCGCUUCUGCCGCGUGAUUAAAUUAAAUUCUGUAGCAAUACUCUAAUAUCCUCAGUUACCCUCUCGAGUUCAGCUAUGUCUGCCAGGCAGAUACAUUUGUCAAAAACUGUUACUUUAUCUAAAUAUUGUUGUAAUAAAAAACAU